AUGUCCGUCCACGCGUCAACUCAUCAGUAUGCUAUACAGUACUGCAUUCUUGUAAAACUCAAGAAAUUGAUGUAGUCAGCGCUGAGGAUUUAACCCUACUUUUGUUCAUACAAGAGACAUCCUGGAUUGAUAUACUGAGUUACGGGUGUUAACGUGAAUCAAAAGAUGUCAGGAGAAUCUCGUCUAAUCAAUCAGAUCAAGAUGACCGGCGAGGGGUUAUGUAGACACAUCGAUAGUUUGAACAUCAGAAAUUAAAACAACUCACUCUUCUUAUGGGAGAUACAUAACAUCAUCCUUGUAAUCCAUAUAACCAAGAGUAAAACAAUAGAUUGUAAUGAAGUGUGAUGUGCAAUAUUUAUUCCCACGAUAUUUCUGAAAGAGUUCUCCAACCUUCGGGACAGCUAGGCGUCUCGGCUGCCCUCUAGGGAUCACAACCUACACUACGUUAGUAAACAAUGAUUGCCAUUAUAAAAGCUCGUUAUAUGCAAUAAUUAUCAACAGUGGUUACGAUGACACCUCACCCAAAUGCAACUAAAGACUAAGAAUCAACAAAGGUGAAUUAAUGAGUGGCUUUGGUAUCGGGAGUGUGGAAGAGUGUGCAGCUGUGCCCUGAUAGACUUGUGGUUAAGAUGAAUGAUCCUUUACAUGAUCCUCUGGCUGAAGAUCCCUUGGGGGACCAACCAGAAUUUGAGGUCAAAGAAGAACCAUUUGAAUUUUUUGAUGAUUCUAUAUGCUGGGUAUCAGAAGGUGUUACAAUCAUUGAAAAUGGAGAAGAAUAUGAAGAUAAGAGUAAAGGGGAAAAAAUGCCAGAUUUGGAAUGUAUCGGUGGUCCCUCCAAACCCACCCCUGACACAGAGUCUGACACAACUAAUAUUGUCAAGUGUUCUGAUCAAGCUGAGGAAAAUUGCUCAUAUAAUGGAAAGAACUUGCCAGCAAAAACUGCAACCCUCCUUAAAACCCAGAAGAUGAAGAACUGCUCUGUAACCCUGAAAGACAUAAAGACGGUAAUCACAAACAGCUCAAGCAUAAAGGUAUUAACAACCACACCAAUCAUGAAGAUAAUGACAGAGAAACCAAGCAAGAAGGUAAUCACAGAGAAGCCAAGCCUGAAGGUAACUACAGAAAAGUCAAGCCUGAAGGUAACUACAGAGAAGCCAAGCCUGAAGGUAACUACAGAGAAGUCAAACAUGAAGGUAAGCACAGAAAAGCCAAGCAUAAAGGUAAGCACAGAGAAGCUAGGCGUAAAGGUAAGCACAGAGAAGCCAAGCAUAAAAGUAAACAUGGAGAGGCCAAGCACAAAGGUAAGCACAGAGAGGCCAAACAUAAAGGAAAAAGUGGGUAACAUUAAUUGUCAAGUGAAGAAAGAAACAAAAAUACCGUUCAGGAAACAGAUAACAUCCUUCUUGAAGAGAGAUAAUGAGGCAAGACUUAAACGGGAGCUGGAGCGUCAGUUAAGUAAUUACAGAGCAAACAUCAAGAGAAUGCAGAAGAUUUUGGAUGAGGAAAAAGCAAAGAUGACUAAAGUACAGAAUUCUCUGGUAAACUUAAGGAGAAGACUGAGAAGACGUGAACUAAAGAUGAUGAGUAGUAUGAGAAUUAAAGAGACUGGAUUUAUAGCAAUGAAGGUGGAUAUAGAGACUAAAUCAAAUAAAGUGGAGAGGGAAGUAGAGGUGAAAAAUACAAUAAAAUUAGAAGAUUUUGAGAAUAAGAAAAGGAAAAGAAUUGAUAAAAUAAAAGUAAUGAAGAGGAAGAAGUUCAAUAAACUGCUGAAAUUUGAUGAGGUAACAGUAAAGGAGGAGGAAGUUGUUCAAGAAGAAGAAAGAGGAUUAGAAAUUAAAAAAACAAAUAAAAAGGGGGUUGUACAAGAAAAGAAAAAAGAACAAAAUGAACAAGCAAAUGAGAAAAAGCAAAAAAAGAAGUUGGAGGAGGCAAAAGGAGGAAAAAGGGAUGGUGAGCCGAAGAAAGUUGAAGUUGGGAUCAAAACAGAAGUGGAAGAAAAGAAUGUAAAACCAGAAAUUCAAAUAGCAACCUCCCAUAUGCUGUGGAAUGUAUUAAGUCGCAACAAGGUUGAGCCUUAUUUGGCAAAUACUCUCAAUAACAUUGAUGAUGUCCAUUUUCCUUUACAGCCACAUGUUAAACCAAAUAUUUCUGAUGUUCCCCAAUUAGUAAAGGAGUUCGUAAUUCGGGAAGAUAUAUCAAAAUCUUGUACACCUUCAUCUGACUCAACAGAAAAAAACCCCGAGUUGCGAUAUCGUAUGCACUACCUUUUAAUCCUUCAUAAACAGUUUAUUGCAGAGCAUGGAAUGUUGUGUAACUACCAAGCAUUUGCUAAUUAUGUGCCUAGGAAUGUGGUGAAGCCUAGUCCUCGCUUCUGGAAGACUUGCACCUGCUACCCUUGCCUCAAUCCAGAACUCAAAUUUGAGAAGUUCAAUAUGCUAGGGUUACUCCAAAUGAAUGGUAUGGAAUUAGGAGACAUCUUGCAUGAUACAGAGAAGGAGAAUAGUCUUAUGGCGCAACUGCGUAUAUUGAGAGAAUCCAGAGAUAUUCUUUCAUAUGAUGCUUGGGAACGAACUUGCAGUGGCACUGUACACUCUAAACGGCGUAGUGUAAGUGAACCAGUAGGCAUUGUUGUUGCAAAAUUUUUAGAGGAACUUAGUCUUCUGAAAUCUCACAUACAAAGAACAUUUUGUCAAUUAGAAGCAGCCAAACAGGCACGAGAGAGAGCUAUGCACUCGGCUGAUGAAGUUACCUUGCACGUAGACUGUACCCCUGUACCUGUAUAUCGCCAUACUGGGUCUGAACCUGUUUCAGCAGACAUUGUUACAAUGCUAACAGUUCUGACUGGUUACCUUUGGAGUAAUGACGGUUAUCAGUCUGUGGUUGUAAUGUCUGACAGUAAAGAUUACACAACAGCUGCUGUGUGGGCAGGCUUAGAGAAAAUUUUGCUUACUUUAGUCCAAGUUGGUAAGAACAAAAUAAACAUAAUAUCUGACAGUCCAACAAACAGAUACAGAAACAAAAGUAAUUUUUACUACAUGAGUGAUUUUGCUCAUGCAUAUGGAGUUUGUUUCCGUUGGGUUUUUCUUGAGCUGAGUCACGGAAUAGGCCAUGCUGGCCUUGUGAGGUCAGACUUUGAUCAUGUUAUACGUGACCAGAUGUCCAUUAAUGUCAGUAUACCUGUCAGGUAUAGUUGUGAUGUGCUCAAAUUGGUACAGGCUCAUACCUCAUCAGUUGUCCAUAUAUACACCGAUGAAGAUGUUCAGAAAUACAAGUGUUUAUUGCCAAAACUACGUGUUGUGCAAGGAACACAAAAGUUUCAUGAAGUUAUAAUUCUCCCAGAAGACUUUUGGGUGCGGGAUGUGGUGAGUCAUGAUGCUUUCAGAAAAUUGUCAUUCUGAGGACAGUUUCCUUCAGAAUUGGAGUACAUACUCUACUGAUCCACCUGAUUUUUAUGUAUAAUUUACCAUUUAAUCUGUUGCCUUGUAAAUUGUUUCCCAGUUGACUUUAAUUAUUUAGGUAUUUGCAUCAGUAUGGUUUUAUUCUUGAACACUACUAUUCUUUAGUUUGUAUUGUUUGUGUCAUGCAGAAAGGCAGACAUUCCACUCUUAUUGUUCAUUACUCCAUGUUAUGACAGUUGUUUGUAGGUACAUACUGUAAUUUGAAUUUGCUUAUCGUUCCCUUUUAUUGAUAUCAAGUGGUGUCUUGAGUAUGGUGUAACCAGCCCAGAUGGCAUCUGUGAGUGAAAAAAUAAUCUCUCACACUUUACAACUGUUUGUAACUAGUUUAUACAAUGUGAGUCAGUUUAUUGAAUAUCUUUCAUGAACAGUUGUGCCAAAUAUUCAUACAGGUAUUAAGAAGGAAAUAUGAUUCAGUGUUAGAUCAAACUUCAAGCAGUGCUCUUUUAGUGUUAAAUUUGAUGUUUAUAAAAAAAAUUACUACUUUUAGUUCCAAUAUAUGAAUAAUUUGAAAAACCAAAUUUUCAGGGGAAUCAUUUGUUUCAAGAACAUUUUAUUUACUACCCUUACAACAGUAAUUUGCAAAAAAAAAAAUAUAUAUAUAUUUUAUUAUUUGCCUGGGUGUAGACCAGAGGUCCUUAACCCUCUUUGUUCUCAAGUUGUGGUGGAGUAUGUAAUUUUGAUUAUUUUAAGGAUUCAUAUAUUUUAUGGUACAAUGACCUAAUAUUUAUCUUAUUUUAACCAAAAAUCAAUAGGAUUUCAGGUUUGAGCCUCAGGAAUGUAAUUUGAAAGCUCACCACCAAUAAGUCAGAAUGUUUAUAAGAUUGAGUAUUAACCAGUACCAAACAGAUCAGCAUACUUGUGGAGUUUUUGCCACAUGAUAAUCAACAGAUCAUAUUUGUCAAUGCAUCAUCAUCUCUUAGUAAGUACUGUACUGUAUUAAGUACAGUAGUUCUUUAUUCUUAGGUAACAGUGACCAAAUUCCUAAUUAUUUUAAAAGAAAUUGUGAAUGCAUUAACAUAACACCUGUUUUUCAGUAGAGUUCCGUUCUGUCAGUAAAACAUUUGUGGUUUUGAUAUCGAGUUAAUAUUAUUAUUGUUUAGAUAUUUCAUUGUACAGCAAAAGUUACAAUUGCCAUAUUUUACGGCAUAUAAGACGCACAGUCAUAUAAGACACACCCCCCCAUUUUAGCAGGGAGGACGGUAUUUAGGUUAAAAACUUUUGUGUGUAUUUUCCUCCUGUAGCCAUAGUUUUUUUUAAAACA